AUGGAGAGGAAAAUUUGUGGAAGCUAUUCAAGUUGUCGUUCUACACCAAAGAUGAAAACUACACUUGUUCAGGUGGACAUUGCGAAGAAAGAAGAUUUUGUGAAGGCAGAGGUGAUCAACAAGAAUGAAGCUGCUCAAGCUGUUGCUUCUACGCCUGCUGUGAUCUCAACUCCAAAGACUGAAGAAUCCGUGAAUGUGAAGAAGGAAGAACCCGUGAAAACAUUGAUGGGGGAUCAAAAGGCUGUUCAUGUACCUUUAACUUUAGAGGCUCAAGCAGAGGCCUAUUUACUUAUGUUUUCUCAUAUGAAUCUCUUGUCUCCUGCUAUUGGGGAUCCCAUUUCGGUACCGAUUCAAGAUAUGCUUAUUAGACUUUUUGUAUUAACAAAUGGGAAUCAUCGAUAUUUGUGCAAAUAG